UAAUAUUCUACUCCUGCUUUGGGCGCAAGACUUCUGCCAAAGACACGAGAAACGACAAAAAAAAAGCACAUUUAUGACCUACUGCAUUUAUAUUUAAAUCCGUAACUCGCAAGAGCGUUUAACCAAGUUAUAUAAGUGUGAGUAUAUUGAUAAUGCGUUAAUAGUAAUGUUGUAAAAACAAAUGGACUCGUAGUAAAUGUCAACUGUCCAUGCAUAGCAGCAGAUCAUGUGGAGUCCUGAUGAAAUAUCCAGCUUGUGUUAUAAUCACUUCAAUAAACUGCCUAAAAGAGGAAAGCCAGAGGCGGGCAGAGAGUGGACUCUACUGGCGGCUGUGAUCCUGCUGACUGACAGUUCAGAGCAGAAGACAGUUCACAAGCAGGUUGUGUCUUUGGGGACCGGCACCAAAUGCAUCGGCCAGUCUGCCAUGAGUACGAAGGGUGACAUUCUGAAUGACAGUCAUGCUGAGGUUAUUGCUCGGAGGGGAGGUGUCAGGUAUCUGACAGAGCAGUUGUACAGAGCCGUAAGCGGCCAGAGCUCGGAUGUUUUCUGUCCGGGAUCUGAAGAGGGAAAAUGGACAGUUAAACCGGGAGUUUCUUUCCUUUUCUUCACCAGUCAAACACCCUGUGGAGAUGCCUCCAUAUUUCCUCUGGCUGGGAGUCCAGCGCAGCCCUGUGAACCAGUGAAUGCAAUCCAGAGUGAAGAAUCAGAGAGACGAGGCCUGAAACGACACGCUGAGUCUGAUCUGGAAGAGACCAGGCAGGGUCCAAGAAUGAAGACCAAUGACACCCAUUCAUCUCACAGAAAAUCGGGGAAUACCAGUGAGCAUGAAGUUAUAACCGAAAACAAAGAAAGUAAUCCAUUAAAUGAAGUCUUGCACUGUGAUCCACCUGACCUCCAUCGGACAGGGGCGAAGUGUGUCCCUGACAGCCCAGCCGACCCGCUCCAGCCCGGGUUACUCUAUCACAGCGUCGGGGUUCUGCGGCUGAAGCCGGGGCGUGGGGAGCGCACACUUUCUCUCUCCUGCAGUGAUAAACUGGCCCGAUGGGGCGUUCUGGGCUUCCAGGGUGCCCUGCUAUCUCACUUCCUGCAAGCGCCGCUCUAUUUCAGAGCCGUGGUGGUUGGGAAGUGUCCAUACAGCCAUCAGGCAAUGCAGAGAGCGCUGAAAACACGAUGCUCUGACGUGAGGGAUCUGCCGCCAGGUUUCUCUGCACACGCUCCAGAGCUUCUGCAGUCUGGGCUCGAAUUUCCUCACAACCACACACACACCGAGUCCAAACACACACACACACAGGGCAGAAUAUCUCCCUGCGGAGCAGCCAUCAGCUGGUGUGCCGUUUCCCAGCAGCCUCUAGAUGUCACUGCAAACGGUUAUAAACAAGGAGUGACUAAAAAAGCACUGGGCACAUCGCAAGCAAGAUCUUUAAUCAGUAAAGUGGAGCUCUUUCAUUCAUUCCUGAAACUGGUGGCUGCCACUGAAGACUCCCGGCUUCCAGAGUCCCUCCGUGGAAAAGAUUUGAAGACGUACUGGGACUACAAGCAGGCCGCAGGGGCGUAUCAGCAGGCCUGGACACAGCUGCGUCUGCAGGCCUUCCCCCUGUGGCCCCGCAGCCCCCCAGAACUGCUGCUGUUCUCCUAGAGGACUGGACUGUCAUCACAUCAGUGUCCUGGACGGAUUGCAUGAUCUGAAGCUGUAUCUUGUACCAAAGGCUCCAACAGAGGUCACAUAAAUGUGCCAUGUUAGCAUGCAAACUUGGUUCUUUUCCAUGCAACAAAAUCAUAUAUUGACCAGGGGCUAUAAACCAAAAAUGGCCAUAUGACUAUUGUGCUACAUUCCAGGGCAAGAUUUUCCACCGCUGUAGCUCUCGAAUCUCACUGACAUCACUGAUGCCAAACAUCUCAUGAAUGUGCUACGACAGAGGGGAAGAUUUUCACUGAAAAGCUUUUGAAUAACUCCCAUAAUGUGUUUUUAUACUGAAAGCCCCUGGUCAUUAUUUACAUUUGUUAGAUAAAAAAGAACAACGGAGUUUUCAGUACCGGGUGAACUUUGCCUUAAAGCUUGCCAAUCUUGUUCUGGUCCAUGAGGUUUCUGUUUAUAUUAUUAAAAUAAAUGUUUUUCCAAACCUGUAUGACUUAAGCAGACAUUUUAUUUUUUUUAAUGUCUGUUUGUUUCUGUUUUUUUUUCUUCUGAAUUUAAAAAUAAAAUCCUUGAAAUAGUU